UAGCAGCUGCGAGCCCGGACCUGGGAGGCGAGCUCGGCGCGUUCCAUAUGGCCGGGUCCGGUUUCUCUGCUGAGCUGCGGCUGCGGCUUGUGGCGCUCAAAGGAAGGCUGCAGCGCUCGAGCCAAAGCGAAGAAGCCUCCGAGGAUCCCUUCUUAAUGCAAGCUUCUGCUACACUGGAAAACUUGACGGACCUUUGUAAUCAACCUGGAGAAAAUGGCACACUUUCCAAACUCUUGCAACUUUAUACGCAGGCCGUCCUGGAUAUCACAUAUUUCGAGGAGAACCAGCUUGUCGAUGAAGACUUUCCAGAGGAGUCCUCUUUGCAGAAAGUUGAGGAACUAAUCAACACACUUUCAGAGCCAGAGAUCUUGAUCAAUGAAAGUGGUACAUCUCAAGAACCACUCACAGUGCUUGGUGUAGAACUGCUGGAAUGUCUUUACUGGAGGAGAGGAGCCUUACUCUACAUGUUUUGCCACACGGUGAAAGGAAGGAAGGAGAGGUUGAUGAAUAAGACCGAUUUGUUUAAAAAGUUUCUUAAUGAAGGAAUCCAGUACUUGGUGAAGAUGCUUGAGUUCAGAUGUUCUGAUCACCCCAUUGAGGACUUCGUGUUUCAAGACACAGACACGGCUAGAUUAAUACAUGAAGGCAUAUUUAGCGACACCCACCUGCUGGCUAUGAUGUACUGUGGAGAAAUGUGCUACUGGGGACUGAAGUACUGCAGAGAAGUUAAGGAACGAAGUCGAAGCGUAGAGGCAGGAUCGAGCAGAGAGCAACCCGGAAGCUCACGGAGCGAAGUUCUGGACUAUCGAGAGACGGGAGAGAAAGUGCUCCUGAAAUACAUAACUGUGUGUGAAGGACCGUUGAGACUGUAUGACUGGGAUACCAAAAAUGCAAAGCUCAUACUGGACUAUUUUAAGCAGUUUUCUGCCUAAUUGACUUAAGGCCACUGAGAAAUGGUGGGAACGGACGGACAUUGUUUUUCCUUUUAGAGGCUACAUUCCCUUGCAAAUAAACUAUUGGAGACCACAUGACAUGGGUGAUUAGGGCACUGCUUUUUUUUCUCUCCCCACAAAUUACUUUCCCCCCCUUCCCCCAAAUCUUCACUUAACCACGGUUGGCCUUGGAAGUUCUGAAGCGACAAGAAUGUUUGUUGGGUUAGGUGCCAAGGAUGCUCACUCCACCACCUUGGCUUCCCCUACCUAUUCCCAGUGUCUUGUCUGACUCAUUCUCCUUGCAGCAGCUUCCACUUUUGCUGGAGAGAAUUGAGUGUCAAGAAAACACAAGGGAGCUUGGAGGCCUGACCACAAAGAAUGGCAACUAGAGCUUCCGAACUCUCCUUCUCCCAGCAGCCAUCGCUUUUGUGAGCAGAAUGGGGGAGGGACUGGAAAGCAGGGGGUUGGCUUGCAGCAGAGGAGAUGGGAGUUGCAGAGGAGAGGGUUGGGGCCUAGGUGGAGGCACCCGAGGCCAGGUAGAAAGGUGCUGUGGGCUGGGGUCGGCAGAGAUGCUGGCAGUUCCUUGUCCCUGAUUUAAACGGAUGGUGUGCCUUCCCAGAACAAAACUGGGGCAACCUUGUAUAGCUCCUUGCAAACCUAAAGGUGUAAUUUGUGCCUUUAAACAAAUACACAACAUUUCAGAGUAUA